CAGCAACCUCCCCACCAGCCACAGCAACUUGGAGCUGCAUUAGCUCCUGCGCACCAGCCACAAGCCACCCGCGUCCCCACUCCGCACCACCCACGGACGCGUUCUUUCUCACUUUUCCGGGCCCUGACUUGACUGCCUGCCCUGCCGCUGCUUCGCUCCCUUCUCCUUCCCCCAAUAUGCCGGCCGACGGUACCUACGCACCGCAAUCUCCCGACCUCUCAUCCUUCCUGUCCUCGACGACGACGCCUGUGCAGCAGCAGCAUCCGCACCAACAACAGCAACAGCAGCACCACCAACCCCCCACCUCCGCCUACACGCCCCGCUCACCGCGGCUGCCGGACUUCACGAGCCCCCAGAGCAGCAGCAUCUCGUCCAGCUCAGGCUACCAGGUUCCCCCCUCGCCGCAGCAGUACCAGGGCUUUGGAGACAGCCGCCGGAACUCGAGUUACCAGCCGCCCAUCCCCGACCUACCUCCUACACAUACGUUUGAGCCGCCGAGAGGGCAGUACACCAGCCCGGCGUACCACGCUCCAACACUGCCAUAUUCACAAGCGCACUCACCGCCGCAGAAUUACUCACGGCAGUCAUAUUCACUCCCCCAACAAGCUCUUACUUAUCAACCACCCCCACCGCAACCACCACAGGCGCCGCAUCAGCAACUACACGAACAACUUCACAUCAAAUCCGAGACCAGGGACGACACGAUGACAGGACGCGUGAAGCGUGAGCGCGUCGGCGCAGCACCUCGCAUCAGCGAGGAUGUCAAACCGCACCUUGGAGCCAGCCAGGGUAUUGAGAUCAAGACGAAGUUUCCUGUUGCGAGGAUAAAGCGGAUAAUGCAGGCUGAUGAGGAGGUGGGCAAGGUGGCCCAGGUCACACCAGUUGCAGUUUCUAAAGCAUUGGAACUCUUCAUGAUCUCACUCGUCACCAAAUCAGCCUCCCUGACGCGCAGCACAAACUCGAAGCGCGUGACCGCCGUGCACCUCAAGAAAGCGAUCGAGGCUGACGAGCAAUUCGAUUUCCUCAACGAUAUCGUGAGUAAGAUCGCCGACGGCCCCGAUGCGGGACAGGGCAAGCGGACGAAGGAGGAGGACGGGAGCGAUUCCGACGAGAAACCGAAGAAGAAGGGCAGGCGGAAGAAGGGGGAGUAAUGCGAGGGGAACGGCUAGGAGUCAACACAAUGGCUAUGGAAUGGGCAUCGUGAAUGGAAAGGGUGGAAUGAGCAUGACACUGUGAAGGCACGCAUAUGGAAGCGGUAGUCCGUCCUUCGAAGGGGGUUGAUUUUUGGGACGGUAUGGCGUUGGGGUGGGGGUUUGGAGUGCGGGCGUUUGAAGAAGGAUAGAUCAUUUAGGACGAGGCCGAGGUCAAGAAAUUCAGUUCGAAGAGAAAUUAGCAUACCUACCAUCGACAGCGGUGCGGCGGGUAGAAACGGACGGAAUAUCAACCGCGCCAGGUCCUCGUACCAGAGAAACAGAGACACUCACUGUUCACAACAUGUAUAUAACGUCCCAUGGCGGAUCCCAAUAACAAGAUAUCGGUGACAAGAAGGGGGAUGGAAGACUUGAAUCCCACCCCUUCGCCUCUCCUCGAAUAACCCCGUUCCGUUACGCAACAUCGGUUUUUAUCUCUGAUAGACACGCCAAACACCAUCGCCCAGCCGUGCAACACCACCAUCGAACCCCCCCUGCCAUUGGCCGACAUGAUCUAUUUCCCCCUCUCUCGCCGCAUCAGCUCCCUCGCUCUAACACAAGAUGGAACAUGGGUGCUCACUGGAGGACGUGGUGAUACAUAUAAUCAUAAAUCCCAUGCCUAUCCCGUUUCUUGGAAUUGGCCUGGAUGCGGGUCAUUUGGACUUCAUGAAGGUCAUGGCAUAAAAUCUGGGCUUCAAAAUAUCAAAGCAAGACUUGUAAUAACCUGGCACGGGAGAUUUCUGUCAGGCAGAGCAGCUCCAAUAGCCAGAGUUACCCCAAGCCAAGUAGAAAUGGUAAAUUCUAUAUUUCGUGAGU